AGACAUUAUUUCAAGGGCUUACAGCUAAUUGUUAUAUCUGUGAAACUGUGAACUGUGUUCAGUUUUUUUUUGAUUUUCUUGAUUUUUAAUAUUUUAAUAAUAAAAAGAGUAAUAAAGAUUUCAACGAGAGAUAGUGAAUUAUCAUAAAAGCAAUAAUAUUCUAGUGAUAAAAUUUUGUAAUUGGAAAUGAGGAUUGCCUACGGCGUUUUAAGUCUCCUCACUGUCCUGGAAGUUUCAGAAAGCUCAGGAUUAUUUGGUCAAAUUAGUGAUUUUAUCUGGCCAACAUUUUCAAGAGAGAGUGAGACAAUCCGGGAGACAUCAUCAGCUGGAGAUGUGCCAAAAAUACUCUAUGAACUCACACCGCAAGAGACAAUCUUCCUCGAGGAGGUAAUGGCAUUGUCCGGAACGAAAUCGCCGGCGAAUCUGGAUCGAUGCCAACAGAGAGUUGUGCUGAAAUUGCGUAAACACUGUAGGGAGAUGAAUGAAGAAGAACUGGGAAUGCUGGCUAUAAUGCUACUCAAUUGCCAGAGACAGGCAGAGGGGCGCAAUGUGCUAGAAUGCUCAGACACAAUGUCUCUCAAAGACUGUGUUUCUUCUAUUGAUUCAGAAGCUUACAGUUCAUAUCAGUUGAUGACCAAUAGAGCUAAGGCUGUUUGCAUUGUUGUGGGUCAACAACAGUAUCGUGUUUGGGCAGAAAAUGCUGUAAACAAACUUACGGAUUAUGCUAACGAGCAACUCCUGGCAUCGGAUCGUCUUACCGAAGGCCAAAGACAUCUUCAGGAACUGGUCGAUAGUACAAAUAGCAAAAUAGUUGACAAGGAGAGAGAAAUUCUGACUCUAAUCGACUUUAUUCGUGCAAAAUCCAUGGCUGGUGUUAGAGAAGUUUCACGUGAAAAUUCACAAUGGAUGGAAUUACACAAGCAAAAAAUCGAGAGUACACUGAGAGAAUUCAGCAAGUUUUCAACUGAAAUCUCAGAUACAAAUACUCUCCUCAAGGCAGAUCUUGAGCUAUUGCACGGAAACUCUCUGAAGAUUGCUCAAGAAAUUAGCAUGGCUAAUGAGGAGCUUCUUCAGCAAAUAGAUAAAAUUUCCAAACAGUACAAAUUAACGCUUAAUCAAUUGGGUGACAUUCAGAAGACAGUUGAGCUUCUUCUGAAGACAAUCAAUACAUGGCAGGAAAAUCUGAAUCGCAAUAGCGAAUGGAUUGGUCAGAUUCUAGGAGGAAUCAAUGUCUACAGAGGUUUUCUCUAUGUGGGAUUCCUAUUCCUAGGCAUGAUUGUCUUAUCCUUCAUCCAAGUGGAUACUUGGAGCAGGAUUCUAUUUGUCACAGUCACAAUUGCAAAUGGCUUGAGCGAUUUGUACUUGGAUAUAGCUCUGACUAUCCCAAUUCUCUCGAGUACUUUACUGUGUCUCUUGGGUGGAAUGUAUUUGUUUGGCUUGAUCAACUGGAAAGAGUUGUUCAGUGCAAAUCCUGAAGGGAAUGAGCCCCAGAGAGAAAGACGUAGUGUGACUCCUCAUCGGAGGAAUGCUCAGGAAUCUUUUUUCACAUGCACAGCCUUUACACCUCAAGGGGAUAGAUGCCAAAAUCCCAGUUCUGAGAAUGGUAUCUUUUGCCCAGAACACUCAAUGAGGAGGAAAUACGGACGCUAAAAGCGAAAUUGAGAGUAAUAUUAGCUCUCUAAAUCGGUUAAUGGAAUUAUUUAUUGUUAAAUGCGACGUUGCAAUUACAAGGUGAAAAGAGAUUUCUUGGGCAUCGGUAAGAGAGGUAACAGGUGAUGCUGGGUGAUGCAUUUAAUGGUAAAGAGAUGAAUAAUACAAUGUGCAAAAAUAGUGUUUUAAAAGCUAAAUGCAAACUGGAGUUAAGUUUGAAAAAUUUAUAAGUUAGAGCGUUAGUUACAUUUUGUGCAUCAUAUUUGAAUUGAAUUAAAGUUUGGAAAACAAGAGUGAUAAUUUUCCUUUAAACAAGAUCAACAUAUAAUGUUUAUCAUGUUAGAAUAUGUAAGUGAAGGUGAAAUAAUCAAUUUUUUAUUUAAAAAAAAUAUCUAUUCGUAAUCCGUUUGAAUUUAAUUCAACUGAGAAAGAAAAUAUUAAAAUCUUAUUAAAAUUCAACACCGUUUAAACCUGCUAUAGGCCCGCUAGAGGUAUAUUUAUGUACUUUGAUCACGAAAAGCGUUAAAAAGAAAUGAAUGUGGAUCAUUGGCGUGUAGACAAAAUAUAACUACCUCUCAUAAUGAAAUAUAAAAAAAAUUGUUUUCAAUAAAAAUAUAAAUUUUAAGUUUCAAA